AUCCAAGCUUACGAUGGUAUGCAGUCGGGACGCACUGCCAACCUGCUCACCACAGCACGUCAUCCCCAGUGGUGCGACGCUAAGGCUGGCCUGCCAGAACAGCACCUCCGUGUCUACAGUUGGAGCCGACCUGUACGGGAUGGAUCGCAUGCACUGUGACAACGGGCAGUGGCAACCGGCAGACUUCCCAGUUUGCUUUGAUCGAUGCCUGAUCGAUCACCACAAACUGAACUUCAGCGGCCUCAACAUCAGCGACGGCCAGCUGACGGGAGGGAAUACCCUGCGUAGCGGCUACAGUUUCACGGUCGAAUGCAAGGACCUGGACGCCACGCUAAUGGGUCUGGGCACCCUCUACUGCUUGGACGGGGAACUUGUGCCGUCGACCUUGCCUAUAUGCAUACCCCACGGUAAGCCUGAUGCUAACUGA